AUGGAUCCCUUCUUCCAUUUGCAGGAGUCAAAAUUUUGGCAUUUGGUGAUUUUACCAACUCAAACUAUGGGUUCAUAUAUCUUUACAAAACAACUAUCUGCAUUUCACACUUGGACAGACCUGUUUGAGGUUAUCAAGUUAGAGAAAAAUGAGCCGCAAAUAAGUGAUGUACAAUAUGCUGAACUACUGGAACGAGUAAGAAUUGGGCACCAAACUUGUAGAGUUGUUAAACUCCUUAAUUCAAUAUCAAAUCUGCAUUUGUACGACCCUGAAUUUCAUGAAGCCCUAAGAAUAUUCCCAACCAAAUCAGCAUGCAAUGAAUACAACAGUGAAAAACUACAACGACCUCUUCAGCAUACAGUUCAUAACUCGAUUCUCAAAAGCAGAAGACAUUUUCCUCAACGAGCACAAAAUUCAGCCAUAUGA